CGGGCCUUCACCAUGGCGGGAGCGAGACCGCAGCUGAAGAGGAGUUUCUCCAUCAUCCCCUGUUUUGUCUUCGUGGAGUCGGUGCUGCUGGGUGUCGUGAUCCUGCUUGCUUACCGCUUGGAGUUCACAGACACCUUCCCCGUGCACACCCAGGGCUUCUUCUGCUACGACAGUACCUAUGCCAAGCCCUAUCCAGGGCCUGAGACUGCCAGCAGGGUGCCCCCUGCCCUCAUCUAUGCCUUGGUCACAGCUGGGCCCACCCUCACGAUCCUGCUUGGGGAGCUGGCAAGGGCCUUUUUCCCUGCACCACCCUCCGCUGUCCCUGUUAUUGGGGAGCGCACCAUCGUGUCCGGGGCCUGUUGCCGCUUCAGCCCCCCGCUGCGGAGGCUUGUCCGCUUCCUGGGGGUCUACGCCUUCGGUCUCUUCACCACGACCAUCUUCGCCAACGCGGGACAGGUGGUCACUGGCAACCCCACACCGCAUUUUCUGUCCGUCUGCCGCCCCAACUACACGGCCCUGGGCUGCCCGCCACCCUGGCCUGACCGGCCAGGGCCCGACCGCUUUGUCACUGACCAGGGCGCUUGUGCUGGCAGCCCCAGCCUUGUGGCUGCUGCGCGCCGAGCCUUCCCCUGCAAGGACGCGGCCCUCUGCGCUUACGCUGUCACCUAUACCGCGAUGUACGUGACUCUCAUAUUCCGCGUGAAGGGCUCCCGCCUGGUCAAGCCCUCCCUCUGCCUGGCCCUGCUGUGUCCUGCCUUCCUCGUGGGCGUGGUCCGCGUGGCCGAGUACCGCAACCACUGGUCCGACGUGCUGGCCGGCUUCCUAACCGGGGCGGCCAUUGCCACCUUCCUGGUCACCUGUGUUGUGCACAACUUCCAGAGCCGACUGCCCUUGGGCAGGAGGCUCUCACGUUGGGAGGACCUGGGCCAGCCCCCCACCAUGGACAGCCCCCUCGAAAAGUUAAGUGUGGCCCAGGAACCCGAAGCCUGCAGGCCGCAUUCGACACCGGCACGGCUCACCCCAUCCAAGCCGCAGAACUGCACCCGCCGUGGCCACCUGAUCCCCAGCUGCGUGUCCUCCAGGGCUCCAGCCAUGUGUUCAUCACCCCGAGUUCCCCGCCCAAGAUUGAGAUCUGAGCCGACGCCCUUGCCGCUGCCCCUGCCCCUGCCCGCGCCCACCCCGAGCCAGGGGCCCUCACCCUCCUCCCCAGGUCCUGGAGGGCCAGGAGGGGGUGGUGGGGGUGGUGGCCGGGGCCGGAAGCUGCUGCUGCCCACCCCCCUCCUGCGGGACCUGUACACCCUCAGUGGACUCUACUCCUCCCCUUUUCACCGGGACAACUUCAGCCCUUACCUCUUUGCCAGCCGUGACCACCUGCUGUGAGGCCCUAUUGCCCACCCACCCAGAACCUACCCGGCCCCCACGUCUUCCCUGCCACCAGUUUGUGUGCCUGUGUGUGAGUGCCAAAGCCCUCUGCCCGCAAACCAGCCAGGGCCAGAUGCCAGAGGAUGACCGGAAGGACAUUGUGGAAGAGGGAGGUCUAGGAGGACCUGACUGGGAGGUGGGCCCCAGGCCCUGAGAUGGCCCUUUUAAGGACUUCCACCUACCUGUCCCCUGGGGACCCCACCCCACCACCCCAGUUCUCAGAAUUCUAAACAAAGGGAGUUUAUUCCAGCUAAUGAGAGCUUCCCCUUCACCUCUUAGAAUCUUCAGGCAGGAGGGCAACUCCAGUCAGUGGCCAAUGUCUGGACAGCCAAUAGGAACCGUUGGUUUUCAGACUUUCCUGGGUGGGUGGGUAUGAUUCCAGCCAAUGGGGGACCGCCCAUGUCUAAGCAGGCGCCAAGGAAGGGGAGCGAGAUGGGGCAGACCCUUGUCAUCGGGUCCUCUGGCCUCAGAAUCACAGAGUCGAGCCGAGGGUGGGGGGCAGGCUCCCCCAGGGCAGGGUCCUCGGGGCCCCCUUUCCCUCUCAGCCCCUCCUCCACAUGCAACCUCUCACUGGUUCCCUUCGAAUUCCCCAUUUAUUCAGGGCUUGCUCCCUUUGGGAAGUUUUGGGGUUUAGGGAGUGGUGUCUCCCCUUGCCUGUGCCCAGGUCACUGCCAACCCUCUGUUAUUGAUUAGGGAGGGCUGUGGGGAAAACUUUUUCUUGGAACUUGCCCCUGUUCUGCACACUGUACCCCCCACCCCCACCCCACCUCCCAGCCUCCUGCAGAUGUGCCAUUGCUGGGGGCGUGUGUGGAACGAGGGGCAUUCCCCUACCCUGGGCAGCCAAAGGCAGGGGCAGAGGAGACACUGCCUCCUCUCCAGCCCCCCCCCCUCAUCUUUAAUAAAGACCUGUUUAUAACAGAA